ACGUACCGUUUAAUAAAUUCAACAGGUGACACCAUUUUCCACGGGUCGACUCUUCGAAGGAGGAUUUCCAAUUAAAAUUGCUCUUUUCCUCUGACUAAAAUAUCUUCGACCGAAAUAGAAGGAGAAAGAUAGACGGAGACAGGGAGACUGGCAGAAAGACAGAAAGACAGAAAGACAGACGGACCGAAGUGAAUACCUUUCAUUAAAUAUUCGACAUUGGAAUGAUUGGAUUAAUAAAACUUGUCUAGAUUCGCCGCUCGAAAAUGUCAAUUACUACUGAGAGUACGUGAAAUGUCACACGGGCGUUAUUAACAAUAAGAGAAAAUAUAAGGGAAAUAACAAUGACCCGAUUGACCGACGUCAAUUGGUUUAAAAAAAAGAAAAAAGAAAAAAUGAAGAAAGAGAGAGAGAGAAAGAAGAGAGAGUGGAAAAAGAUUUGACGGAAAAUCACGAAUUUCAGGAUGUACAUAUAUGCGACUAAUUAAACUUGAACGAUCACCUAUCGUGAUAUCAUUGGAUGGAUACUUCAAACGAUUUCUGAUUCUACGUGUUUUUUUUUUCUUUUUCUUUUUUUCUUUCUUUCUCUCUUCACAUCUGUUACGUUUUUCAUCUCGCAAUUCUCAGCACUUCUCGUCAACGUCAUCUUGUCCCACAUAUUCAUUCGCAUUGAAACGUUCUUCUCUCUCUCUCUUUCUCUUUCUCUUAUACAACAUCGUCCACUCAUUUUCUCAUUGGCUCGUGUUACCGCACCUGCGUUGUCGAAUGAUUUAAUGGAUCCUUUCGCACCACGAGUUUGAUCUCGAAUGAAGCAGUCAACGAUGCUGAUGUAUAUCGUCGAUGACGAUCAACGAUGAUCAACGAACGAACAGACGAACGUUUCAUGUCACGUCGAUGACGAUUCUCGUCUCGAGUGUUCCAAUAAUUCGCGAAUUUAUCAAUUAUCCAUUUCUGAUAUCGAAUUUAUCAAAUUUUCAAUUCGAAUUAAUUUUGCUAGACGGUCUAAUUUUCGUUCAAAUUAUUAACAAAUCCGACGGCCUUUCUUAUCUAUUAAUUACACUUUUAAUAUUUAUUCUUAUUAUUAUUGCUAUUGUUAUUAUUAUUAUUAUUAUUAUUAUUAUUAUUAUUAUUAUUAUUAUUAUUAUUAUUAUUAUUAUAUAUGCACACGAAUAGAAAAUAUAUUUCUUAAGUUUUAAUCGAAUUCUGUUAAAUAGAACGUUUGGACGGUGAUUUUAUCGAUAAAACGAAAUACGUAAGUAAUAUCAAUGAGAAAACAAAUAAAAAGAUUUAUGCGACUUUUGUCCGAUCAAGAGAUCGAACGUUUAGAUCUCUUGUUAUUAAGAGAGAAAAGAGAACAGAAGAAAAGAACAAAUGAACAUACAAAGGAACAAAUUAUUGGAAAUAAGAAACAAACGGGAUAUACAAUAUUUAAUACCUAUAAUAUUUAAUGAGCAACCAACCAAUCCUCUUAGAAAUGAAAGACCUGUCAGAAGAAUUCGAUUUACGAUGUUAUCGAAUGACUUUUUUUCAAUUAUGAAGUCAUUUAUUAAAAAUUGAGGAUAAACUCACUAUAUUAUUUUCGAGACAAAAAGAGAGAGAGAGAGAGAGAGAGAGAGAGAGAGAGAGAACAAGAAAAAAAGAUUUAUAAAAAAUAACAGAGAUAAACAGGUGAACGUGAUAUGCCAAUUACAAUUUACAUAGGUAUUACAUACUUUUCAACUCCUUUGAGAAAUAUAUAUGUGUACAUAUAUAUAUUCUUUCUUUUCUCGAAUCCUUUAAUAUAGUUUUCAGCAAAAACAGUAAAAAAAAAGAAGAAGAAAAAAAUUAAAUGAAUUAAGAAAACAAACAAACAAACAAACAAAAUUAAAAGAAAAGAGAAACGGUGAAAUCCAUCUUUCUUCUUCUUUUUCUAUUGCUUUGUAAUUUCUACUUCGUUUUUCUUUUUUUGCUCGUUAAUUCUCUUUUUCCUUUUCCUUCUUCAAUGGAACGAAUUAAUUAACGCAAAAAUGUAUAUCUCCAUGCUCCUUAUUCAUUAAUUCUACUCGUAGAAAGCUUCUGAUUUCUUUUUUUUUUUUCUUUUGAAGUGGACAUUAAAAACUAAGAAAACUCGACUAGGAAUAAUGUCUGAGAAUUUUGCGAGCAAACUUCCUAUCCUUCAUUUCCAAUAAACGUUCUCGUAUUUUCCAAGGGGAUAAUCUUUUCUUUCUUUCUAUCUUUCUUUCUUUCUUCUUUUUUUUUCUGUUCCUUUUGUCUCGAAUACUCUUGACCUAAAAACGCGUGAAAACGAAAAAAAAAGGAAAAAAAAAAAAAGAAAAAGAACAAAGACGACAUAUGCACGCGUAUCCCUUCGUAAAUAUACGGUUUUAACAAUACGUUUUAUGCUUUUAACAUUUCUAUCUAGGGUGGGUUGUGUAAUUUCUAUUCUUUUUUUUUUUCUUUUUUCUUUUUUUGUACAACGUCAACUCCAUGGAAAUUCAUUCUCAUUCAUGGCCUAAAUAAUAGAUGUUGCACAUUCAUGUAUGUCAUUUAAAAUAGAAUAAACUUAUUAAGAGUGAUUCAUUUAUUUAGACUUCUGGCAAGUAUCCUUCUCGUUACGUAUUCUUUUACGAUAAUAGCUACUUUUUAGAUACUUCAAAAACGUUUACACGAUCGCAUGAUCGUGUAGCUCGAAAAUAGAAAAGUUCCUUUAUUUCUUUUUUAUAUUUGUUUUUAUUUCAUUUUCUUUAUUUUUUUUCCUUUUGUUUCUUUUUGUUGUUGUUUUUUUUUUUUUUUCUUUGAAGAACAUAAAAACAAAAGGGAUUUUCAGUCAACCGCGUAUUGAUGAGGUUACAGUCUUUCGAGGAACUCGCGAUAUCUCGCGUAAGAUAGAGAGAUAAGAUACAGAGAAAAAAUGUGUGUGUUUGUGUAUGAGAGAGCUUUAUCGUAAUUUACAGGUACUAUAAAAGCCUAUUAUAUUUUUUUCUUUUAAUUUUUCUUUUUUUUCUUGUUUUCGUUGAAAAUUGAAAUUAUCCUCUGCUAUCCUAAGAGAAUGAACAUAAAUUUCUUGCUCUCCUUCGUUUCGCGUAAUUCGCCAUUCCGUUUAUCCCUUCGAGCUCGUAGAUUACCCCAGGAAAAUAUCUAGAAAAUCAGGACGAUAUAUAUAUAUAUAUAUAUAUAUAUAUAUAUAUAUAUAUCCGUUAUAUACCUCACUUUCGAAAAAUCCCUCUUUCCUAUAUAUAUAUAUACUUAUAGGAAAAAUAUCUUUAUAUAGGUGGAACCAAUAAAAAAAAAAAAAAAGAAAUUUCGAAUCGUUUUCUCAUCAGAAUUCCCUCAGAAUGUGCUUGUGAACGUAGAUACGUCAUAAAAAAAGAAAAAAAACGAAAUACACACUGGAUAAGAUGUUCAAUUUCGUCUUUUGUGAGAGGGGAAAAAGAAAGAGAAGAGAAAAGAAAAAGAAAAAAAAAAACACAUAUGCGAAUGUUAGAUUAAAAAUGUCAAAGUACGAAAAGGAUCUCAUCGUUAAAAGUCUCGUACGUCUUCUUCAUCGAAGCGAUUUUAAAAAUGAAACGAGUGAUCGACCGACGCACACUUACUUUAUUUAUUGAAAAUUGCACGAUAUCAAUUCGAUAUAUUCAAUUCGGAAUAAUAUAUGUAUAUAGCGUUAUAUCGAAUGAUAUCGAAGUUAAUAAAUUUAACUCCAAGUUUUAAGAAUAACUCGUUGAUUGCGAGAAAAGAAAUAGAGAAAUAAGAAAAGAGAGAGACACGUAUACAUAUACAUAUAUAAAUAAAUAUUGAUAGGUACGUACGAACACGUACAUACAAACAUGCACUUCUAUAUAUAUAUAUAUAUAUAUAUAUAUAUAUAUAUAUAUAAUUUUUUUUUUAACAUUAAUGCAAGAUAAGUUGAAAGACAGAGAGAGAGAGAGAGAGAAGAAAAAGAAAGAAAAGAGAAAGAAUUAUUGAAGAUACAUUAGUCGAGCGAUUUAGCGCGUGUUAUCUCGACAGAAUUUUCGAUCACGUACGAUCGAAAGAAAAAGAAAACGAAUAAGAAGCCGCAGCUGCGCUAGCAAUCAUUGUUUUUACGGGAACGAGAAGAAUUUCUCUGAAGGUGGAACGUUCUCCGAGUGCUUCGGGUGCUUCGACGUGCGUUAAAAAAGAAGAAGAAGAAAAAAAAAAGAAAAAGAAUAAAGAGAAAGAGAGAAAAAUAAAGAAAGAGAAAGAAAGAAAAAGAAGUAGAAGUGGAGAAGAACGAAGAACGAAGAAGAAGAAAGGGGAAGAAAAAAAAAUGAGGAGAAAAAAAUCUAUAUAUACAAUUCUAUAUCCACGAAUAACAUAUAUAUAUAUACAUGUAUAUAAAUAUAUAUAUAUAUAUUAUUAUUAAUAAUGAUAUUAUAUGGUAGCGUUAUCUCAUUAUAUUAUAUUUUUCAAUAUUUUUCAAUGUGCUAAACGUACAUUCAUUAACUGUUUGUACGUGUCUAUGUAAUCUGUGAUGUGCUUUAUACGACGUUGUGCCGAUAAUAGGAUAAUAUUGUUGCAUCGAGUUGUUCGUGAUUGCUUCGUCUUUUCUCUCUUUAUUUUUCUUUUUUCUUUUUUUUUUUUUAAUUAAAAAAAAAAAAAGAAAAGAAAAACAACGAACAAUGGGAGUAACUUUGAUAACUUUGGCCCUGUUCGUUCUGCGAUCCAAAUGUUAGGAAAAAGAUCGACAAAUUUUUGUUAUAUCUAGACUCUCUCGACUUAUCGCAAUAAUUAUUUUUCAUUAAAGAAGAAAAUAAAAAAGAAGAAGAAGAAGAGGAGGAGGAGGAGGAGGAGGAAGAUGAAAGAGAUGAAAAAAUCCAACGACAUUUUUGAUAUAUUAAUUCGAACGAAUUUGAUUUAUCAAUUUUCUUUCUUCUUCAAAGAAGAACAAAAAUAAAGAAAUAAAUAAAAGAUCAAAUAAAAAAAAUAAAAAAAUAAAAAAAAUACCAGGCAGAACGAAAGGGCGUGCGUUCGUUCAUAUAUCUCGUUUGUCGAAACGAAAGAAAGAAUUUGGAUCGAACGUAUAUAUAUAUAAUAUAUAUAUAUACAUAUAUAGUUUCGCUGUAUCGGCACCGUAAUAUAUAGAAAAAUUUUAGAGAGCUACCGGACAAUCAUCGUGAUACGUAGUUUCUCAUCUGACCCGUUAAUUCUUAAUUAUUAGAUACGAUCAAUUUUCCGAGAUAUACGAGAGAAAUUUCACGAUUUCGAUCUCUGUCCAACACAAAUUCGAAACGAUUAAUUAAUUAAUUGAUAAUCUAUCUGCUCGCGCGUCAGACAGGAUAUAUUAGGUCUGUGGACGGUUCGAUAUGAUAGCACCGAAUAUUUCGCUUCCGAUAUAUCGGUGUACCGAUAUUUCCGUUUCCAAGUAAAUUUGUAAUUAUCAACGAGAGGUUAGAUCGAUUCAUUUAGUCUUUUCAAUUAGUACGAUGGUAUUCGUAUCGUGCCAUCUUACUUUCGUUUAUCUUUUUUUUAUUUUUUAUUUACUCAACUUCCUCAUUUUAUUUUUAUUUUAUUAUGAUUUUUAAUUCUGUUUUAUUUUUAUUAACGCCAAUUUCCCGUCAUAAAGAUUUGCAAAAAAAAUUAUAUCCGAGUGAUUAACAAACGCUCCCUCGCUCACGCCACUUUCUAUAUCCACGCGACACCGUUUACGCACGUGCGUAAACAUAAUUAGCACCUCAUAAUACAAUGAUAUAAAGUUACCGACGAACUUGUUCGAUUAACAACUUGUUCCAUAUCUAACGAGUAAUUAACAUAUAAGAGUAUCGUCCUAACGAAUAAAAUACGAUCUUCCUCAAGAUCUAGAAAAGUACGUUGCGCCAAUCGCGCGACGAUCCACCCUCUCCCUUCUAUCCACACCCUAUUCCAUCAAACUCCUUAACUUAAAUAUAAAUUACAUUAAUAGAUUUUAUGCGAGAUAUCUAUACGAAUGGAUCAUUAGAUCGUUAACAGCUUAAUUUUAUUAUCAAUCAAGAUAUUUCUAUCUUUUACCUAUUAAAUACGUAUCCAAAAUAUUCUGAUUCGAAAGAGCUUGAAAAUUAUUAUAAUGGAAAAGAUCCUUUCUUUUUCUUUUCUUCUUUUUUUUUUUUUUUUUAAGACUAAGUAGACCAAUUAGGUAUGAACAAUUUCACGUUCGAACAUUCACCCACCCACCUAGCCACCCACCCGAUCACUCACCCAACUCUAUCCUCUCCUUGAGUAUGAUAAUGUUACAAAAUAAUAUUUAAACGAAUUACAAAGCGUGAUCUAUAAACGGUAACGAUGCUUUCUCGAAAUAUAUCAGCAAAACUAUUUGAUCGAUCAUGAUGGUGCCACAACUCAUAAUCCUUGCAUCGUCCUAAAGGAAAUUCAGAUUCCUAAGCGUAAUGAUAAUGGGUAAUAAUUGCGAUACGAUAGAUAGUGUUCCUCACGACUCCUUCUGUACGAAGUCAAUGUAGAUUUAUAGGUACAUAUAUACAUAUAUAUAUACACAUACAUAUACGCAUAAAUAUAUACAUAUAUAUAUAUAUAUAUAUAUAUAUAUAUACUUUUCAACUACAAAAAAUAUUUCCAAUAAGCGCCGUCUUUUUCUGAAGAUCUGUUACUGUAUUAGAAAAGAAAGGGAGAAAAAGAGAAAGAAAAAAAGAAAAAAAAAAACGCAGAAAAAAAUACUAUCACAACCACUCAAACGCUAUGAAUGUAACGUUGAAGAAGAAAAAAAGCAAAUAAUUAUUAAAAAAAAAAAAAAAAAAAAAAAAAAAAA